CUUGGCGCUGGCGGGUACGGGUUUGUCAUGACAGCGCACCAUCGCCUCCAGGACUGUGAGGUCGCCGUCAAGUUUAUCAUCAAAUCGAAAGUGCCGGAGCAUGCGUGGAUGGAGGACAAACAUGGCAAUCGCGUACCUACCGAGGCCCUACUUCUUGGCUUGUUGGAUCAUCAGAACAUCGUAGGGUGUAUUGAUUUGUUUGAAGAUCCGUUGUAUUUCUAUUUGUCGCAACAAAGCAUGUGCUCGGUCGAUGAUCUCCUCUCCGUAUCCUGCUCGUCACCCUCGCUCUUAUCUCCGGCCCUCCCUCCCCGGCCACACUUCAUCCGUCGACCCUCACACGACCUAUUUGAGUGCAUAGAGCAGUCGCAGCACAAACGCCUCACGGAAGUGCAAGCGCGGUACAUCUUCGCCCAAGUCGUCGACGUCGUGCACUAUCUCGAUAGCCAAGGCGUGACGCACUGCGACAUCAAGGACGAGAACAUCCUCGUCGACGCGCGCUUGCGGGUCAAGCUCGUCGACUUUGGGAGCGCCGUCGUCGUCGACCCCGCGCUCCCCCGGCCGUUCUACACGCUCUUCUUCGGGACGACGGCGUACGCGGCGUCGGAGGUGCUGCUGAAGAAGCCCUAUCAGGCGCCGCCCGCGGAAAUAUGGACGCUCGGCGUGCUCCUGUCGUACCUCCUCACCGGGGCAUCGCCGUUCCCGACGGAGCAAGACGCGGUGAAGGGUUGCGUCGUGCUCAGCGAGGCGGCAGGUGCGUGCGUGAGCAUGGCCGCGCGCGCGCUCAUGCUGAGGUGCCUGAACCCGGAUCCCGAGGCGCGCGCGGACAUUAAGGAGGUGAGGGACCACGUGUGGCUGAGG